AUGAAACAUAGGCUUCUAAAAUCUAAAGGGGAGUGGUAUAAGGGAGAUGUGAUGGCCAUAAUUGAUGAAGCCCUAGCAACUGGUGGCGACCCAAACGUUUCAGAUGCUUUCACAAUUAACGGCCAACCAGGAGAUCUGUACAAUUGUUCCAGUGCAACUACAUACCGUCUGAAGGUUGACGCCGGCAAGACUUAUCUUCUCCGGAUAAUAAAUUCCAUAAUGAACGAAGAACAAUUCUUUGGAAUUGCAAAGCACAAGCUCACACUGGUAGCAACCGAUGCUUCAUACACCAAACAAAUAACCGCAGAUUACCUCAUGAUAAGCCCGGGGCAAACAAUGGAUGUUUUGGUGACAACAAACCAGUCUCCCAGCCGCUAUUACAUUGUUUCAACUCCUUUUGCCGACUCCACUGCUCCCUUUGACAACACCACCACAACGGCCAUUCUGCAGUACAAUGGCAAUUAUAAACCCCCAUCAUCUAUUCCCUUCCCAACGCUUCCUACUUACAAUAACAAAACUGCUGCAGAAAACUUUACAAAGCGCUUGAGGAGCUUAGCAAGCAAAGCUCACCCUGUCAAUGUGCCGCGAAGUAUCACCAGAAGUAUCUUUAUUACUGUUUCUGUAAAUCAGAUUUACUGCCCCAAUGCAUCAUGUUCAGGCCCGGAUGGUAACAGGCUAUCAGAAAGCUUGAGUAAUAUAAGUUUUCAGACCCCAACAAUUGAUAUACUCCAAGCGUAUUACAGAAAUCUUCCCAAGGUUUACAGCGGCAAUUUCCCGACGCAGCCACCUUAUUAUUUCAACUUCACGGGAGAUGUGGGGAACAAUACAAUUUAUCCAAGCUUAGGGACGAAGGCCUUGAUAGUAAAUUACAAUGAUGCUGUUGAGAUAGUGUAUCAAGGGACUAAUGUUGGGGCAGCAGAGAAUCAUCCUAUGCAUCUCCAUGGUUAUAGCUUCUAUGUGGUCGGGACAGGCUCUGGGAAUUUCAACAAAAAGACUGAUCCCAAGUCUUAUAAUCUCAUUGAUCCACCAGAAGUUAAUACAGUUGGAGUUCCUAAGAAUGGAUGGGUUACAAUCAGAUUCAUCGCUGAUAAUCCCGGUGUCUGGUUUAUGCAUUGUCAUUUGGAAAGGCACGCGAGCUGGGGUAUGAAUACUGUGCUGAUAGUGAAGAAUGGGCGCACCAAUGCAACAAGCAUCCGCCCACCUCCUAAAUAUAUGCCUCCUUGUUCCAAGUCCUAGUUUUAGGAAUGCUUUCUACUUCAUUAAUUUGUGUGAGUGUACUCAAACCAAAAUAAUAAUAAUAAUAA